AAUACAGGGCAGCUUUUGCGCAGUAAAGUCUCUGCGCAAAACAGGACAUUCACAUUUAAAUAAAGCAAUAACCUGUCUUGGGAACAUGAGCUCGCAAUUGACAUUCUCGUGUUAAACGAGAAUGUCAAUUCGCUCAUGCCUUCUCUUCUCCUGUAGAAAGGGCACCGCACGCAACCGAACUAAAGACAUUGAAUCGCUGGAUUUACAAACACAAAAAGUGUCAGACUUUGUAGACACGCUAUUUUUUACACGAUCUGAUCUGCAACUGAAUGAGGAAGUGAUUUUUUGUCUUCCUGCUGUCGAUUUGAAGAUACCAACAACGCCUUUUCUCGUUUCACCCUGUACAAGGCAAGUACAAGGCAAAGUGAAACCUGUUUAUUGGAAUCAGAAUCCCACCGACUAAAAAGAAAGGAAAAAAACAUGUUUUUUUAAUUAAUUAAAUUAAAAAAAUGUUGAACUGUACAAAAAACAUGAAUUCUACUUUCCAAGAAAAGUUUUUGCCUCCGGUAUUCGGGGUGGAGUUUUGCGUGGCAUUUUUGGGCAACAGCCUGGCUAUAUGGCUUUUGCUCACCCGAGAAAGAAGAAACUGGCACACAGGAAUCGUCUUUGUCUUUAACCUGGCUGUUUGCGACGUCCUCUACGUGCUGUCCUUGCCCCUGUUAAUCCUUUACUACAAGAACGACAAGAACUGGAUCUUCGGCGACGCGCUCUGUCGGGCAGAACGGUUCCUGUUUACCUGCAAUUUAUACGGGAGCAUCUUUUUCAUCACCUGCAUCAGUCUGAACCGCUACGUCGGGGUCGUGCACCCGUUUUUCAUGCACAGCUACGUGCAACCCAAGCACGCAAAGGUGGUCAGCCUCGCUGUGUGGGUCUUGGUGAUCGGCAUUUCUUCACCCGUGUUCAAUUUUUCGAUGACGGAGGAGAGGGGAAACAAAACAGAGUGUCUGGGAAGCGCGACGCAUGAUAAAAUCACAGAGUACAUUCCCUAUAGCUUGUUCAUGGCCUCCUUCGGCUGCGCGUUGCCGUUUUUGGCGACUUUUGCUUCCUAUUUUGCCAUUCUCGUGGUGGUUUGGAAAAACGACAACGUUAAGACCGCGGAGAAAAGAAAGAUAGGGCUCAUGAUUUCCAUUGUCAUUGUGCUGUACGUGAUGUCCUUCAUCCCCUACCACGUUCUUCGUAAUGUUAACCUGUUUAACAGAGAUAGUUGCUCCCGCCACCCCAGCAUGAAAAUCUAUGACGGCUACCAAGUUAGCAAGGUGCUGGUUACUUUGAACAUGUGCAUCCAUCCGCUGCUCUACGUGUCGGUUUUCGACAACAUGAGGGCUAUUUGUGGAUUGUCCACCACAGCGGUUAAAAAGACUCCAGGUAGAAAUGAUAUGAUGGAAACUGCUGUGGAUUUGUAACUGUUAUGAACUUGUGCCUUAUCGCAUGCACUGUGGCAACGGUGGCAUUGUGCUGCAACACGGCGCGUAAUGGAAGGGUCUGCAUGCCUGGUUUCAGCUUGUAGUUUUAUAAUGAGCUCGACGGUGUGCAGCGCGCACACACACAGGGGUGGUGUAAACAAGAAGAUGAAAACACUGAAGAACAGACUUUUAGUUUCCCCUUGGCAGGGGUUGCAAGAUAACAACAACAAAAAAAGCAACUCCUGUUGUUAUAUUUUUUUCUCAAAAUAUAUUGCCAUCUAUCAGUACAUGAUUCUUAUACAGGACCUUUCUAUUCUUAAAAAUAUGCAUAAAACAAAAUGUGAAAAACACACAGGGUCAUAUUCAAAAAGUAUGUACCACCACGCUUAGCUAACACCAGUUUCUUUUAUCUUGUAUUCAUUUAAAAAUGUUUUUGUUAAAAAGCUUAAAAUAAUAUUGCUAACACAUUUGCAAAAUUGAUCCAUCAUUUCACGAGUAAAGACACACACAGCAAAACUUUGAAUUUUGUUAAAACAUGCAGUUCAGAAAUGUUUUUAUAAUGUACUCUGUAUUAGUACUUGGAAUACUGUAGGAUUCUAUAUUUUCGUUUAUUCUAGUAUAAUAGUAGGCAUUAUUAUUGCAAACAUUAUUGUGAGUAAGUUUGAGUAAAGAAGGACAAAGCUGGUUUGCUGGUCAAUUGCAUCUCCCAUAUUAGACCCUUGGCUAUGUAUAAACUAUUAUAUUUUACUAAGAAAACGUAUUGCAUGAGCGAGGCAACUGGACACCAACAGAUAAGAGAAAUGAAUCCUGGCUGUCAAGCGCUGGCCUCAGUUCAAGGUUUUUGCUAUGUAUGAACUUUUAAAUUAACUAACAGGAAGUAAAAGAAAAACAGAGUUAAUAUGCAUUACCUCAUUGUGUUAUAAAACUAAUGAGAGCUUGGCAGUUGCUUGCAAUUGAGAUGUGUGCCUCUUAUCUGUAGAGAUACCGGUCCGAGCUGUUUCUUGAAUCUGGCCAAAGCAUGACUUCAUACAGUGAAUUUGGAAGAAUGCUGACAGUGGAAUUUCAUAUUAAUUAAAACUAGCCCUGGCAGGUAAGCAAGGUGCCUGAAACCUGCUUGCACGGGGGAUUUUUAGAAAACAGAGAGAGGUCAAGCUUAGUACAAGAACUGAAAAAGCCAAUAUGAGACUGCUACAUUCAACUGUUUCUAUAGCCAGGAUUUAAAUGGAAAUAACUGGGUCUGCAACAGUAGACUUAGAAGUGAGCCAUGAAUCUUCUAACAGACUUUGUUCAGUUUUAUUUUGUUAUAUACAUGACAUAUACACAUGAAACAAAGCCAGCCUAUCGAAAAGCAUGUUGUGAUGUUACGAGGGAUAUAUAUUUUCAAAUAAUUAGAUUUAAUUGGGCCUUCUAACACACAAAGCAGAGAAAAGGUUUUAUAAAAGCCGAGGCAAGAGCUCAGUCAGGUAUCAUUCAACUUGCUAACUACAAGUUGCAUGGUCCGCUCUGCAGAUCUCUGAAAAAGCUAGUUGCUGUUUGGUCAUAUUCAGAAGUCUGCUUCAUGACGAUGACACAGAGAUGCCGGGCGCUUUAUCACGCAGCCCUGGUGGGGAGAUCCGUGCAACCCUGUGAUUGAUAUCGAAGGAAGAGGAGAGCAGAGAGGGGGUCACGGAAACUCGAGCCGCACCGGACAGCGGCGGCUGCGGGGCGCUGCCAGAAGCACCACCCUUUGUUUGUAGUUUUGUUACAGUGUUUUGUUUUCAUCCACUGCAUGCCCCUUUGUGCAUUAAAAAUAAAUAAAUAAAGCUUGGGCACCUGUGAGGCGUUAUCAAAUAACCAUUCUGACUCCCGCGUGUUCAGUGAAUCCCCCCCACACUCUCUCACAUGCUUGUGUGAAAUCAGCCAUCUGCAAAUGUGAGUUAUUAAGUGGAAAACCUUGGUGCAGAAUCACAGUUUCAGAAGAGGCAAUAAUUACAGCUGCGCACGCACGCCCUCUAGUGGUCACUUCUCAAAUGGCAUGACCUGCCCUGUAGUUGGUAAACCUUGAAGCUGGAGACCCUAAGCAGACCCAACAUCAGAUAACACACGCGUGUCAAUUCAAUUAAUCUGACUACGACAUCGCUAAAAAGCACCACGGCGUCUUAAGUAUUGUACAUCCAGCACACAAUUGCUCCUCGUUGCUGCUUUUCCCCUGGACCCCGCUGCUACAGGGGUCUUGCACACACGGCGCAGCCCGGCUACAGCGCCGGCGGAACCGUGUAAAGCCAUCUCUUAUCUGCAGCUGUACUGAUUAAAAGGGGCACUGCAACUAUGUGUUGAUUUUAACUGGGCUGCAUAGUUUUAUACUGACCUGAGAGGUGCAUAGUAGCAGUUACAGAGGCUUCAUUUUAGUUCUGAUUGUAUUCUGCGC